AUGACGGCACGUACACUAGCUAUGCAAACCCAGGCCGGCAGAAGCAAACGUGGAUCUUCUGAGCCGCCUGAUAGGUACAGGAUCCACGAUGUGGUAUAUGCAUUUAUCAAGUUGAUGGAGCGGAAAAUGCCAAACUCUGGCUACGCCAAGAAGUACGGCGACACGAGGAUGCAGAACGGAAGUCUUGUUAUCUGGAUCUGCGGGGUGCAGGUUUGGUUGAGAAGGGUGCUUGGUACGAACGACGCCGGGUGGAAGCCAGAAGGAGAGGUGUUUACGGCAUAUGCUGCCGUUUUGCAAUACUGGGAAUGGAUGUGUGGGUGGGUGUUUUCCUACCUUGAAUCCUGUGUCAGAAAGUGGGACGAGACACGGGCGGCUGGGAUGCAAAAGACAGGUCAAAAUCCCGUACCUUAA